CCCCAGAGACCAGCAUGUUGAUGAUGUCAAAGAAGACUUUGAAGAUAGAACAGAAAGUGAAAUGAGGACAUCCCACGAAGCCAGAGGUACCCGGGAAGAGCCCACUGUCCAGCAGGCCCAGCGUCGAUCGGCUGUCUUCUUGUCCUUUAAGUCCCCAAUUCCAUGUCUGCCCUUGCGCUGGGAGCAGCAAAGCAAACUUCUUCCAACGGUCGCUGGAAUCCCUGCCAGUAAAGUUUCCAAAUGGAGCACAGACGAGGUGUCAGAAUUCAUACAGAGCUUACCUGGAUGUGAAGAACAUGGGAAGGUAUUUAAAGAUGAACAAAUUGAUGGAGAAGCAUUUCUACUUAUGACCCAAACGGACAUUGUCAAAAUUAUGAGCAUUAAGCUGGGCCCUGCCCUGAAGAUUUUCAAUUCUAUCCUCAUGUUCAAAGCGGCAGAGAAGAAUUCUCACAAUGAACUUUGAAGAUGGUGGAGUCUGAAUACCAUCAGCUUUCUGCUUUAAAGCUCAUGUUUUAUUCAAAGCACAAGGAUGGGCAGUCACUCCCAAGUGAGAAGUCUCCAAAACUCAAAAAAGCAACACUAUCGGAUUAUUUAUAUUCCCCAAGAGACGAUAUAUAUGAAUUCUUAUGAAAGUGCUUGAGCUUUUAACUAGGUACUGUCUAACAACAGUCAUCUUUUGGUUCUGUUCACUGAGCUAAAUUUAUCUUUGUAAAUCUUUUUGAGGCUGGGGGUGGGAGGGAGGGGACUUCAUUAUUUAUGGAUGGGGGGCAGAGUAAAAACUUUUGGCAUUUUGUAAACAUUGUUGAAUUCUCUUUCAUGUACACUGCUUUUUUUCCCCCAGUACUUUCAGAAACCUUUUUAUAUAAUCAGAUUUCAAUUUAAACCAAAUCAGUCAAAACCUGGCUAAGCGUAGCCAGUGGGACUGUUCUCUGUAUUGUUAAUUUCGUGCCAUAUUUUGAAUUGCAGCAUUACGCUGAGUAUAACUUUGCAAGUCAUGAUACUAACUGCCUGUCAUAAUUUGUUGGGGCUGAAUAGUUGUAAAAAUGACUUUCCUUCGAAUCAGUGUUUUUACUUUUGCACGCACUAUAAAAUGUUAAACACAUUACUUUUCACCAGCAUCUUUACUAUAAUUACCAAAAACAUGUAUAUAAAAAAAUGGAAUUGAAAAAUAAAAUAUAUCAACAAAUAAAUUAGGUAGCGAAUGUGAGUGGCAUCCGUUUCAUGCAUCGCGGUGCCCAUGUUUACGAGAGUCAGAAGAUAUCAGAGGAGUAUGCAGUUGUGUUGAGGGGGAUGGAUGUGAGGAUCUUAGGAAGUUAUGAGAUGAUCCUGAUUGUCAUUGACGUAACUGUCGUGCUUUGCGGAGACCAAGGGCCCGUUCCGUGGAGGAACGUCAUCUGCAAAGAGCUCCAGCCCAGGUCCUGCAGUGGCUCCCAGACCCACAGGCUUUCUUCAGGGUUGGCCGCAGAGUGAGUGUCUAGAUUUUACUGAAGAGACAAAGUGCAAAGGAAUAGCACCAGGUGACACAAAAUCCUAAACGCUCACAGAUCGGGAGGUGAUUUCCCAAAGUGAUAAUUCCAGAACCUCCGUGACGGAAGGAUUCCUUUUUCUGUAGAACACUUUGCCUCAAUAGUGAAGCAUACAGAUGCACUUUAAAUGAAAACCCUUGAUUAUCUGUAAACGGAUAGCUGGUAGUAUUUCUUUUGCAAGAAAGCAUUUCAAGGCAAGAGGUAGAUUAUUGUGUCCGUCUUUUGAUGGGCUUUCUAAUUUCAAGAUUGGAUAUUUAUUCAAGGACUAUUUUAAAGAUAGAAAGGAAGUUCGUAGCAUGCUGUCUCAAUUCCAGGGAAAGUUCCACCUCUUUCCUGAGUUGCUCCCCUUUUUCUGUUGUGUGGGACCUUCCUCUGAUGUCCCCGUGGGAGGUCUAUCCACAGCCUUUGCAUUUGUCAUCAAGGUGAAGCAGGGUCCAGUGACAUCUGCAGUGUCCCUUUUAUUUCUUUGCAUGAAUCUGCUUAAAUACAUUUUUUUGGUUUUUAUUUUUUCUCCUUUUUUAAUGUUUUGUUCAGAAUUUGUACAUUCAAGUUGUACUUGUUAUAUCUGUUAUGAAUGAAAUAAAAGCUUAAUUGCAGAGA